AUGUGGAAACCAGACAAAGGGUUUGUCUGUUUUUCAGAACAUGGCUGGGUGCUAUUGUAGCUAGGACAGUGGGCUACAUCUCUGGGAUAAGCCACAGAGCCCAUCUGCGACCGCAGCCCUACAAGCACGGAUCCAGCCCAUAUACUCACUCCUUGAAGCGGUAGACAAAGGCAGCCUGAAUUCGCUCCGAGGCCCGGCUGUUGCUCCCAUCAUCAUCCCAUAAUGCAGUUUCCACCUGUGUCAUCAUCCCCCCCGGAGGGAGUGGGGGUGGCUCUCUCUGCCUCUAAGACCUACAGCUGCUGGCUCCAAUUAACACCGCCUGGGGUCUGGGAGCACAGACACAAAAGCCGCCUCUCCGUUCAGACAGCACACAGCUACGGCUCUCUUCGCGUGGCCCCUGGGGCAGGAGAUGCUCUUGGAUCGGGCGCAGCACCUAGCAGGAGGCGGCGGUAGCUGCCUCUGAGCCGCAGCGGCGUGCGCACAAAGCGGGAGAGGAGCCGGUGCCCUCGCGCCUGUCUAAAGCCGGCUGGACUCUAGAGGGGCCGCGUUUUUAAUACGAUGUCUACAGACACACGCAGGUCUGUAGGUGGGUGGGUGGGUUAUUUGGUGCGUGGCGCACAGCUCUGCUAGAAGCCGCUCAGUCGCGCUGCACACAGGAGGAAGAGGAGGGGGAAGCUGCAUUCUCUGGUCCACGCUGCUGCUGAAGGUCGCGUCUGAGCAUCUCCCGCUCGCUCCCCUUGCCCGCCUCGCUGCGAGGAAAAGGCGCCGCUUUGACCCAUCCUCCCAAGCGGGCCACAACAAGGCAGAGCCCGAGGUGGCCAGCGCCUUCCACGAAGGACACCGGCGAGGCGACAGGCAAGGCGGGGCGGCGGGGACACCUUGAAGGCGAGGCCCAUCCUGGCUGGGGAGGUUUGUCAAGCUCACGUUGUGGCUACUGUCUACCUACAAAAUAUACACUAUUAUUUGGAUAAACAUUUGGAUACUUACAUUUCCUAGAUCAGGAUGCCUUUCAAAAGCGGAUUAGAAUUAACUGAGUUGCAGAAUAUGACUGUCCCUGAGGAUGAUAACAUCAGCAAUGAUUCAAAUGAUUUUACAGAGGUAGAAAAUGGCCAGAUAAAUAGCAAGUUUAUUUCGGAUCGGGAGAGCCGAAGAAGUCUCACAAACAGUCACUUGGAAAAAAAGAAAUGUGAAGAAUAUAUUCCAGGAACAACCUCAUUGCAAAUAUCUGUCUUUAAUCUCAGCAACGCCAUUAUGGGUAGUGGAAUUUUAGGUCUUGCCUUUGCAUUAGCCAACACAGGAAUCAUCCUUUUUGUGUUUCUAUUGUCUUCAGUGACAUUGCUGUCUAUUUAUUCAAUAAAUCUCCUGUUGAUAUGUUCAAAGGAAACAGGCUGCAUGGUGUAUGAAAAGCUUGGCGAGCAGGUCUUUGGCACUCCGGGAAAAAUGAUUGUUUUUGGAUCCACUUCUCUCCAGAAUACUGGAGCAAUGCUGAGCUAUCUCUUCAUAGUAAAAAAUGAGCUGCCUUCUGCCAUAAAGUUUCUUAUGGGAAAAGAAGAAGCAUUUUCGGCAUGGUAUGUGGAUGGGCGAAUUCUUGUUGUAGCCGUGACAUUUACUAUAAUCCUCCCUCUGUGUCUUCUUAAGAACUUAGGGUAUCUUGGAUAUACUAGUGGAUUUUCCCUUGGUUGCAUGGUUUUUUUCCUCAUAGUGGUUAUCUACAAGAAAGUUCAACUUUCCUGCCCAGUACUGGAGCCAAGUGCAACAUCACCUAUCAUAUCAAAUGUUAGCUCAGCACAUGAAGAGAUGUGUCAACCAAAGUAUGUUACCUUUAAUUCCAAGACUGUUUAUGCUUUGCCUACCCUUGCAUUUGCAUUUGUGUGCCACCCAUCGGUCCUUCCAAUUUACAGCGAACUUAAAGAUCGCACACAGAAGAGAAUGCAAAUGGUUUCAAAUAUCUCAUUUUUUGCCAUGUUCGUUAUGUACUUAAUGACUGCCGUUUUUGGCUAUUUCACUUUCUAUGACAAUGUGCACUCAGAUCUGCUUCACAACUACCAGAGUAGAGAUGACAUCCUCAUCCUGACAGUGCGUGUGGCUGUCAUUUUUGCAGUCAUACUCACAGUGCCAGUGCUGUUUUUCACAGUGCGUUCUUCUUUAUUUGAGCUGGCUAAAAAAACAAAAUAUGACUUAUGCCAUCAUAUUGUGGUUACUAUUGUCCUCCUGAUUUUCAUCAACCUGUUAGUAAUUUUUAUCCCCUCAAUGAAGGAUAUUUUUGGAGUUGUAGGAGUAACUUCUGCCAAUAUGUUGAUUUUCAUUAUUCCUUCAUCGCUGUAUUUAAAAAUCACACAUCGGGAUACGGAAAAAUUUACUCAGAGGAUUUGGGCUUCUCUUUUCAUGGCAUUGGGAAUAUUGUUUUCCCUAGUGAGCAUUCCUUUGGUCAUCUAUGACUGGGUGCACUCAGGAGACAAGGCUGAAGGCAACUGAAGUCAACAUCAUGCUGAAAAGGAUACAUCCCUGUUUGCUACUCACCAGAAUCACCACCAUUCUGUUUUAUCUAUCCCAUCAAUUAUGAGUUUACUCAAAUCAAAUCCAAAUAAUGAAAUACUGAUAUAGAUGUAUUUGCUUGCAGAAAAUGCCCAUUUUCCCAACAGCAAUAUCAGUUUCUCCAAUUCCAGGGAGUUAUCAAAUCAAUGUUAAGGUUGUGUUGAUCGUCUGCGAGGGUUUAUAUGGCUUUGCCACUAGGUUCCAAUCAUAAUUAAUUUUUACUCUUCUGGGAUUGAAUUAGAUUGUUCUAGUACUAGUCUUAAAACUUCCAAACCAUAAUAUUUAGUCCUUUGGAACAAGCAAUGUAUUUGUUUUUGUUUUGUUUUACAAAUCCAGAUUCUAGACUAGUUUUCACAAAUGAUGUUCAGCUCUCACCAUCUCUUUUUUAACCAAAACUCUACUCUUAAAUUGCAUACAUUUGAUCUGGCUUUUCAUUACUAUUUUGUAAACCAUUUUCCCUCAUUUAGUAAGUGUAGCAUUCUGGAGUGUUUAUAUGAAGGGCACCAUGAAAGCAUCAGCUGGUGUUAGAUAAGAGUAUGUCCUACACUUGGUGCUGCUCUUUUUAAAAAAAAAAAAAAAAAAAAAGUCAUUGGAGCAGCCAGCCCAAAUGGUUGAGCUGAUAGCACAUCAAAUCACUGUGCAGAGACACAUACUCAACCAUGAGUGAUCUUAGACCAAGAGGAAUAUAAAACCCUUUUGAAACUGACCAGAAACAGACUUGGUAUAGAGCACUGAACAUUUGAAACCAACCAGGAGAAGGCAGAGCUGAUUUCUAUGUGAAAGGAAAGAUUCAGAAAUAUGCAUUUUCUUCCAUAUAAACCAAUAUUUACUAAAUACAUCUACACUUUUCAAGAAAAAAUGAAAAAUUCCAGUUAUAUCAAAAACCACCAUCUUUAGUCAUACUUAAUGCCUUUUCCUUUAGGAUAGUUUUGCAUAUACCUAAAGCUGACCUUGUAAAGAAGUUAACUUAUUCUUUUAGGGUCAGCCCUCCUCCGAUUGAAGUCAGUGUGAGUUUUGACUCCAGUGGGAACAGGAUCAGGCCCUUAUGCAAAACUGGAUUCUUAAUUGGAAUCAAGCCAGAUUUUUAUUUUUUUAAUAUCUCUUUAAAUAGAACACUUUUUUAUAUUUAAAAAGCCUAUUUCUGUUUCUUCGGGAUCAAACAAAAAUAGCUAUACAUUAUUUGCAGAGCCAUUCUAACUUUGCAUUUAUGUUGUGGCAUAUUGUUAGUUUGGAGAAUGGCUCAGGUUAGAGAUUCAGGUACUAAGCAGAUGAUCUUUAUCAUCACAUACCGAAUCAUUUUUAGUAAUAAUGUUCUGCCAGGGACACAUAUUUGUUCAUGUUGUAUUGUUCUUGAUGUGUGAAUUAGAGAGAAAGUUCUUGAUGUGUGAAUUCAAACAUGCGUGCUAAGUUGCUAGUGCAGGGAUCGGCAAUCUUUGGCACACUGCCUGCCAGGGUAAGCCCCCUGGCAGGCCGGGCCAGUUUGUUUACCUGCUGCAUCCGCAUGUUCGGCCGAUCACAGCUCCCACUGGCUGCGGUUCACCGUUCCAGGCCAAUGGAGGCUGCAGGAAGCGGCAGCCAGCACAUCCCUCAGCCCGCUUCGCUUCCCGCAGCCCCCAUUGGCCUGGAGCGGCAAAUCGCAGCCAGUGGGAGCUGCGAUCGGCCGAACCCGCGGAUGCAUCAGGUAAACAAAUGGGCGUGGCCUGCCAGGGGGCUUACCCUGGCGGGCCGUGUGCCAAAGGUUGCCGAUCCCUGUCCUAGUGUAAGCGGAGUCUGAAUGAGCUUUCCCCGACAUCUGAUAAUGAGCUGUGGAAAAAGACUUCAGAAGCUGAUCUCGUUUGCCUGGACACACCCACCCUGCCUAGGUGUUCAGCAUGAUGGGAUUGCUUGCCCAAAUGAUCACUUGUGGUUGGUGUUGGAUCCCCAGUCUCCUUGUUAUUGGGGCAAGAGUAAUAAAGGAUUGUUAUCCUUGUUGUGUGAACCGAGGGCAGCAGAACUGUACCUGGCAUACCCCAAUGGAGGGACUCACCCUCAACUGAAUGGCAUUUGCUAGGCAGGGGACAUCGGUUCCAAAGUCUAAUGAGUUGAGAGAGGAUGGGCCUUGUUUAAGGGUCCUAGACACUGUUUGACCCUUCCUCUCUCCAUGGUAAAUAAAAGAGUUAAUUUAAAUUCAAUUGAGAGUCUUGUUACAUGCUGCAGAGCUGAAAUCACUGAUACCCAGGUCUAAGUAUUAGACCUACUUUGGGACAGUGUGUCUAUUGCAAGAGACUGGCCAGUGUGCACCAGCAGUGAGCCUUCCCCACUAACAGUUGAUAUCACUGAGAGACAUCUUGUCAAGUAGCCAGCAAGGUGGCUGGUGGAGAUGUGCAGCAAGCAGCCAGCAGGGUGGCUGGCAGAGAGGCGUGGCCAGCAAAGAGGCUGGUGGAGAGGGCCAGAGCAGAGCCCCACAGAGAGGCGCGGCAAGCAACAAGCGGGUGACAGCAGUGAAGCGUGUAAGGUGCCUCCUUACACCACACCCCCACGCUUCCACACAGCAUGGGAGGUGAACUCUGCAGAUGAACCUCUGAACUCUGGGGCUGCACUGGCCAAGGACAGCAACUGUGAGUGGGGUAUAGAGAAGGGACGGGCACAUUGAAGGGACUUGGGUUGCUGGACUUAAGAAUCUGAGGCAAAAAGGACACUGCCCAACUUACUUAGGGGUGGGUCUUUUGCUCAUGGUUUGUGUUUAUGAACCCUAGUUGCAGUGUUUUCCCAAAUUAAUGCUGAGUUACUUCCCUCCUUUUAUUAAAAGUUUCUGCUACACUCAGACUCUGUGCUUGCGAGAGGGAAAGUGUUGCCUCUUAGAGGUGUCCAGGAAGGUUGUGUGUAAUUGUCCCAGGGCACUGGGUGGGGGCUCAAGCUGGUUUUGUGUUGUGUUGUUGAAAAGGAACCACUAGAUACUGAACCCAGCCCUUGUUGCUGCUGGCUCCACCUGGCAGAAGGGUUACACUGCCAAUGGAACUAAUGGCUAACAGGAGUCCAGGUGCACAUUCAGGGUUGAAUGAUGCCCUUCAUAAGUUCAGGUGUACCUGCCAAUUUGUGAUGACUCUCUCAUUUUCAGUGGCUGAUUCAUUUUAUACUCAUACUAUAACUAAGGAAAAAGAGACUAAGAUUAGCAAUCGUAUCUAUGGAUAUUAUGUGUCACUACAAUGUUUUCUUUUUACAGACCUAAUACUUCAAGAUAUUGAAUUUCCUGUGAGCUGCUGAAUUGCCUUCACUCCUAUUGCCUUGUCCUUAAAUCUCUUAAAGUCACUGGCAGUUGAGGUCACUUAGCAAUUUGCAGGAGGUGCUCAGGACCUGUAAGGUACACAGUUAGGUCAAAAUAAGGCAGCUUAUGUCAACUUAAUUAUGUCAGUGUACAUACUACAGCCUUGUCCCGCCAAUGUAAGUGUCCUACUACGCCGACAUAAUAACUCCACCUCCCCGAGAGGGAUAAGGCUUAUGUCAGUGUAGUUAGUGCAGUGCAGUGUCUGUGUAGACACUGCGUCUCUUACAUCAGCUUUCUUGUCAAUUGCACAACAGGAGCCCUGCUGUCCUGGAGACUGGGCAGCUGAAUCCUGCUCCCAGCUGGAGUUAGGGUGAGAAGCCCAAGCGGCCCCGUGCCAGCUUCCAGCGUGGGGAGGGGCAAAAAGCCGAGGCAGCUGGACCCUGCUCCCCAAUGGUGAGAAGUCCCGGGCGGCUUCCCCCGGCUCCCUGUGGGGAAUGUGGGGAUGAAAAGCCUCAAACAGCUUUGUUCCACUCCGAGCGAGGACUGGGGAGCAAAGAGGGGGAUAGCCCGCUAGGACCCUGUGGGGCAGCCGGACUCCAGGCAGGGAGCUGCCAGCGGAGCUCAGGGACCAGGCUCUCAGCUCCCCACACUGCCCCUAUUAGGUCAGCGGCAAUGCUCCUGGUGAGGAUGUGCACCACCAACCCAAAGAGGGUAGUGUGGACAUGCACCACCACAUUAAUUACUGUGGUAGAUGUAAGUCAACCUAAUAUAAGUCGACUUAGGUUUGUAGUGUAGACAAACCCUAAAAGACUAACUUUAACCUGUGAAAAUUUCAUAGGUGACUGUUUUAUCCCACAAGUACUCUGGGAUUAUCCUCCUCCUUCCCAUUCCCUUUUCCUUCCCUCUUCUACUACUGACAGUAGAGAUUAUGGAGUUGAUGAGACUGUGACAGAGGAGAUAUUGAGGGGGACUUUCAAAGGCACAAAUGAGUUAGAUGCCCAACUCCCAUUGAUAUAUUACUUCUUCCUCACCCACUUUGUCCCCUUCUUCAAUUUGCAUACUGCAGUCUGACUGGAUAAAAUAAAAUGAAUUACCAUAAUUUAUGCACUGAGUGCAAUUUCCCCUAGGCAUAGGACCAUCAUCAUUUCUGUCCUGAAAGGGUGUAAGAUGGGCUCAGUCCUUGAACAGGCUGUGUGCUGGCCCUGUACACGGGGUGGGGGUGUGAGGAUUUCACUCAGACUAAUUUAUUGGACUCGUAUAUAUAGCUAUUUAUGCAAAGGAAUAAUAUGUAUGUUGAUGUGUGUGGUACAGACUGUGAAAUGAUAUGCUUUUUUAUUUUCUCAUCAGGUUUAUACAUUCUUAACAGAAUGCAAUAGACCCUGCUGUAAUUGUCAAAAUCACUGUAUGAGUUUAUCUGUAAAAUGUACUGCUAUUAUUCAGUUUAUUUGGAAUAGUGAACUUGUAGCUAACAAAAGUAGGAGUCCCACAUUUUAGCUAGGCUUUUAAGAGCACUGUAAAAUGCUAUAGGAGUUCCUCUGUUAAAUUAGUAGGAUCCAGAGUACUCUAUCUACUUAGUAGGUGGCAGCAUGCUUUCCUUUUCUAGAGAGCUUGUCACUAUUGUGGACACUACAAAUUCAUAGACUGAACGUGAAACUAGUUAAACUAUUCUGUUAUGGUUAUUGGAAAGUGGUGGGAGAAGGAGGGAGUAGAUCCAAGCAGGAGUUCCUAAUAAGGUUUUAGGAGUAGAUUAUGAGCUAGUGUUAUGUUGACUAACACCAGCUGCAGAUCUGGCCCAUAAAAUCCUUUGCUUUUGGCUUUUGAUCUUGACUAGCAUUUCAUUUACAGUGAUCUGUAGAGAGAAAUGAAGAAGCUAUCUCCCUUCUCUCCCCCUGCCAGUUUAUAAACAUAAAUAAAUAAAAUACAUUACAAUUUUGGACCUAGAAUCUUGGAAGUAACACUGUUUUGGGAUGAAGUGUACAGAUGGGCCUGCACAAGACCUAUGUGCCACAUAAGCCCUAAUUUGAGGAUGCAAGUGGUAUCUCAGUGGUGCACAGCCCUUGUACUGGCCCCUUGCAGAAGCGUAAUUCCGACCCUUCAGGAUAUCCAUCCACUCCAGAAGGUUGAUUUUCUGAGCUUAAUAAUGAUACGUGUGUGUUCUAUUUUGACCGGUCACACAUCUAAAUGAAACUUUGAAAACAUGUUUGGGGACAGCAUGAGUUUCGUCUGUACGUCCGCCUCACGACACAAAGCACCAUACGUAUUUAUGGUGCUGUACGAAUAAUUAAUUAUAUAUAAUGGUAUCUAUAGCCCAUCUUAAAUCAGCAAAGACUAAUUGCUUUAAUCUUAUAUUAAGACUAAAAAGCAUCUUGGCAAAAAGCCUUCUGAUUUUGAAUGAUGCCAAUCUAGUUCCACAAUCCUAUCACUGGUAUCCUUAGGACCAACCCACAACAGUAUGUAUUCUAUUCCAUCAACAGUACCAAUAAAUGGCUCUUCUUUCCUGCUACCAAGAAGCUCACACAAAAGUUCCCAAGAGCACUUUGCAUCAGGAAAACCUUUUCCAUAUAAUAUAUACAAAAAAUGUUUUAUUUGUAUCAAAAUGGAAGGCUUUCUGUUACAAACUGGGAAAAUGGUAGCAAAUUAAUAAGUACAGGGCUGAAAUGGUCUGAACAUUCACAUACUGUGCACAUGUUUGUUUCUAAAGAAGAAUCUAUGCAGUUGUGUGGUAUUGUAUGAAAUGUUUCAUUUUUAUGUAUAUAUAUUGUAAAUAAAUAGGAUGCUGUAUAUUUUUGCUAUUGUUUAUCCCCUAUGAAAUAGAUAUUAGUUGCUGCGUAUUAACAAAAAUAGAUGUUUGUAUCCAAAUUUGAACAGAAACAUGAAUAUUUUAGCUUCUCACGUAGCAAAAUGUACAUCCCUUCCCCUCUAUCCUUUAUCAUUGUUGCCUCAAGUAAACUAUAAUUAUAUUGAUGAAUGUAGCAAGAAAAUGGCUGCAUUUUUUCAAUGAAUUUACUAGAAUUCAAUUCUAAUGCCUGUAUUCAUAUUUUCUCAAUAGCAAAUUAUUCAAACAAUGCUCACGAUGGGUGAAAUUACUCCCUGUGCAAAGGGCCCACACAAUGCCUAGUCACCUCCUAGGUUGUUGGUAGGGAUCAAGUGGCACUAGUAUCUUGAACAGGCCUUGUGAAGGUUGCUGCACCAGGUGAAUUUCACCCACUGAAAUAAUCAUGCUUUAGAAUCAGGUGCUAGAGACAAAGUGAUUGAGCAUAUUCCAUACCAUGUUAACACUGUACAAUAUAGUAUUCAGUAUUUAUGAAAAAUAGAAGUUGAGAAACGGGUCUAAAAAUAAAUAUUUAUUUUCCAAGCUUGCUUUGUAGCCUAGGAUAAGGACAAGUCUUGCAGUAAUAUUUGUUUUAAACAUGAGCACAAAUUUGAAGGAAAAUGUAUUAGCCGCUUUUACAGAGCUUUUCAAACUGCUGCAUGUUUACAGUGUUUCAGCCAAGAUACAGACUGUAAAAGGUAUUUUUUCAUAAGACUUGAACUUUAGAUUGUUUAUACUAAAUCCAUUUUUAGAGUCCCUAUGUAAGUUAAGGUUCACCCAGCUGCAGUACAAACACUACAGUGUGAUGUACACUUGAUGCCAGGUAAUUUCCAAUGAGGUGUUCAAAUGUGUCAUGACUUAUGGGUGAUAUUUUGCUCCUGCUAACGUCACUAUAUUUUGUGCUGUUCAUAUUAAACAUAAACAAAUAGAUUACACUGUUUCCCCGUUUGUGUGUAAAUAAAUAAAAAAGUAAUAAGUUCUGUAAUCUGUUACCAAUAUAGUUUUUAAACAUUAAAAAUGUGAUCUAAAAUAA